CAUGGAUCGAAAGGACGAUUAUGAAACACCCAGUGAGUUUCACCUCGAUGAACAGAAUGGAGAGAGAUAUCAGCGAGAAGCACUGAAGCCAGAACGUAGUAUCCGAGGAAGGCUCUCCCCUCUCGUCAUCUACACUCUCCUGGGCCUCGCCAUCCUGAUGUCCUUUGUGAUUCUCGGUACUGCGGUUCAUCUGAUUACAGGAAAUUCUGAGGAAGUAAGUGUCUCACUCGCUAAACUUAAGGCUGAACUUGCAGAGCUGACUAAGAAUCUAUCCCAUGGACGGCCUUUCAAUCAAUGGAGACGCUUCAAUCAUAAACUUUAUUACUUCUCAUCAAGUAGACACAGUUGGAAUGAAUCCAUGAAGUUCUGUGCCUCAAUGAAGUCCCAACUUGUGGUCAUUAACAGUAAUCCAGAGCAGGAAUUUAUACAGCGGAAUAUAAAAUGUGGGCAUUGGAUUGGACUCCAUGACACUGUUGUAGAAGGGGUGUGGCGCUGGGUGGACGGCACGGAUUAUGCUACAGGUUUCAAGAACUGGGCAGCUUAUCAACCCAGUAAUAUGGGUUUGGGACUUGGUACGGACUGUGCUUUAGUCACUGGAACUGGAGGGUGGUACGCUUGGCACUGCGAUUCUUGGCAUUAUCCCCUCUGUGAAAAACCAGAAGAUUGAUGCAGCUCUUCAAUUUACAGUUGCUGCACAUUGGGAAGUGAAUCUAUUUUUAAAUGUUCCACGCACAUACAUUGGUAAGCAGCCUUAAACUGGGAUUGGUGGGGUGGGUGUGUGGCCAAAGCUCUCCCUCCCUCCCUCCCUCUCCCCACAGCAACUGUCCUAAACCCACAGCUCACAUGCAGUUUUGUUCCUUUAUCCUAACCCAGAGUGCAAAGACCCACAUGGGGGAACGUUCUCAUUGUUCCUCACUGCGGGGACCCAGAUCCAAUUUUCCAGAAUGUUGCAAAGUGCCAGUGCAGUAUGUAUUCACCAGUGCAUCCACUCUGGGUGUCUCAAACCUGCUGUGCCUUUUGCAAGCAGUGAUAUGUGUGUCGCUCUCCUGUGAGGGGUGGAAUGCCUCCACUGAAAUCAAUUCAAUCACUGGCUCUACCAUGGCAGAAGAAUUGGAAGCAAAUAAUCUUUUUUAUACAAUAUGUUGCGAUCCAGAUAAACUGGCUGAAUGAGCGGUGGAAGUAAUUUCAAAAAUAACAUGCAAAGAAGGUUUGGAGUAACAUCUGAAGUAAAAAAAAUAGAGAGGGGAGCAGGGGGGCGCAUUAAACAGAAAGGGUCAGUGAUGAGCUGACAGAGGCACAAAGGGCCAAACAACGUCCUCCGAGUUGCUUCAUUCUCUGGCUCUUUCACACCUGACCUGAGACACAGAAGCUUCUUGCCUGCCUCCACCUUUGCUCUCACUCCAUCCCUUUCUCCUUCCACUUUCCACGUUUUGUUCUCACUUCAUCUUCUCAUUUACUCGACCUGCACUUGAACAAAUGCUGAAGACACACAGGGAAAUAAUUGCCCUAACCCUCAAUGCCUGCAGGACUAUUGCUGUCACUUAUACUCCCUGCUGUACAUCUGUUAAUGGAACUGAAUAUCAGGAGGUGAAUACAACUGACAGAUGAUUCUCUCCCCUGUCAAACGCUGACAACCCCGUUGAAGAAAUAAUUUAUACUGAGCACUGGGCAAUGCUUUGGCCAUCCUGAAUCUCAUGGCAUUUGUAAUUGUCCAAUCAAGAAUGCAACAAAUCUCCUACAGGUUGCCUGUGCCCUGAAUGUGAACCGUUGUUCUGGUAUGGAGGUGACUACUUGGAACCUGAGAUACCUAUAUUUAAUGACUGGGCCUGUAACUGCAGAAUUGUGAUCCAGGGUUUGCUGUUUUAUAAACUGAUGAAAUCUGCUAUUUGCUUUUGUUUUGUUUCUGCUGACCUAAUUCUCAAUAAACUAGAUUUGUAUUUCAGA